CGAAUCUAUCAUGAUCGUGAUCAAUUGGAGUUGGACAAGGAUCACAAAUCUCAUGGAUCAAGGAUCGCAUUCUUCGUCAUUUUUUCGAAGAAUCUGUCAUCUUAAGAGCUCGUCUUACUAGGUUAUUAUGAAUAAAACUCACUGAAGAAGGAAUAAAAGAAAAGAUGACUGGGAAAUGCCAACGUAAGAAAACAGAAGUGAAAAAAGUGGAUUAAGAAAAGGAUAAAAGCGGAAGGCAGGAAAGGCGCAAGGGAAAAGAAAGAUGGGCUCUUUGCCAAAUCUACAUGAGUUGUCGAAGGAGAAACUCGAAAGUCCUGUUUACAGAGCCGUAGCAAUUGGUGGACUAGGUCCGAUGAGAUUGCCCGCUCAAACUCAACCGUUAGCACAUACCCAUCGUCGUGCGAGAAGCAGUGGAAAUCAUCAUACCACUACCUUGUGGGAUAAUGACGCUAUGUUAGAGCACAUGGCAGCGUACUCGCCGAUUUCAUGUCGCUCGACCAGGACAUCCGCCGCGUUGUCUUGGAGACGACGAGACUCGAUGAAUUCCUCAGCGGGAGCUUCAUCAGUCCGUCGAUUGAUAGCUGCCGUAAGAACAACUCCGUCCGGGCCACGUCCGACAAAGAAAGCAAUUCUAAGGCAUUGCGCGGCUCUCCUUCUCGGCCAUGCAACUUCCUCAGCCGCGAUCUUGCCGAUCUUUCCUCUCCAAGCUGGUCUUGGGACAUUCAACCCUCAUCUUGGACCGAUAUUAUUGGCUCUACUUUAUGCCAUUGCUGCGAUCACCGCUUGUUUCGCGCCGAUUCUUCUUCAAAAACUUGGCACGAAUCUCGUAAUCAGCCUCAAUCAUUUUGUUACGACAAUCUUCGUCGGUGUGCACUUAUAUCCGAAGUGGUAUGUGCUCUUACCUAGUUACGCCAUCUUGGGUGCCUGCGUCAGUCCGAGUUUUUUGGCAAGGACCUCGCACGUCAACAUAUCGGCAAGUUGUUUAGCUUUGCUCUGUGUCGAUCCCGAAGAUCCAGACGAAACUAGGCGUGAUUGUCUCUUGAGAAGACUCAACAGAGGCGUCAAAUUGGCAGAAGAUGUGGGUCUCGCAAUAGGUUGCCUGAUCGCGGCAGUCUUGGUAAAACUUACGGACUCGAUCCCACCAGAUGUAACGGAAAGCGAGAUUGAAGACAUUUGCGGUGCAGAGUAUUGCCCCGAAGAGACUUAUUUCUAUAACGAAAGUCUCUAUUUACCAUCAAUAUCAAAUAAUACGUCGAAGAUGUUGAUUAGUAUUUGGUUCGGCCUUGCCGUUCUAGGAAUGGGCAUUUCCUGUGCCUUUCUCGAUUCGAGAAUGAAGGAACCGCAAAAUAUAAACGACAGAGUUAGCACACGUAACAUUUUCAAAUCCAUCAAGUGCGCCUUUCAAGAUCCAAAGCUGCAAUUAGCAGCUCCAUUAACACUCUUCAUCGGCCUCGAGCAAGGUUUCAUUUACGCCGACUUCACUGAAGCAUAUGUGGCUUGCGCCCUUGGCGGAGUUGGCACCAUCACUGUCAGUUUUCUGAGCUUGGCUUUGUUACAGGGUCUCGCCGGCGUAACGCUCUCCAUGUUAUUGAGGCACAUCAAGAGAUACUUUGUCGUAGGUAAGGUGCUUCUCGCUUCGACGAUAAUAUAAACAUUUAUUGGAAAAGUAUUUACAUACCUC